AUGGCAACCAGUCUACUCACAACCGAUAAAAAUGACCGUUUUAAGAGGCAACUGAAGCUGAUUUCCGUGUCCUUUAAGGAAGCCUCGAUCGAUUCACCUUCUUUUAGAGCUAGCGUCAAUUUCUUCCACACAAGAAUUGAGAUAUUCCAGGAUAGAUUACAAAAGACAGUAGACUUCUAUGAACACAAAUAUAAGGCCUCUUUCGAGGAUUUUCAAAGAACUAAAGAGAUUAUGAUGUCUCAACUAUUUCCAUCUCCUAUAAUGCUAAGUAAUGGCAUCGUAAGCAAUCAAGCGACCACUCCAAUACUGAUAGAUAAUUUUAACGAAGAAUACAGGCUCUUCUCGAACAAAUUAUUGAAAAUAAUGAUAGAUGAAAACAAUUUCCAAUCUGAUGCUCUACUCGAAUUAAUGACCGACGCUAUUGAACCAUACAAAAACAAAAGAAAGUCAUUUGAAUACUAUCAAAAUAAGUAUGAUACUUUGCUGGGUUCUUUCAAAAGUGCCAAAAAAUCAAAUACAUCAAUUGAUCCUAAGUCUAUUCAAAAUGAUGCCAUUCAAUUAUUCGAAAUAAGGAAAAGUUAUUUACAAGCAUCAUUAGAUCUUGUAGAAUGCAUAGAUGCUUUUAAGUUGAGUCUCGACAAGUAUUUAGUGGAUUCAAUGGCGGUGUUAAGGGCGCAUAACGUCUUCACAUUCAAAGAAUCCGCAAAGUCCAUUGAUUUAUGUCCUGGAAUUGAAACAUACUUUAAUGACUAUCUAAGUUGGAUAGAAAAUGCCAUGAAAGGCGCUAAAACACUUGAAAAGGAAAUGAUUAAUGCAAAAAAACAGGUGUAUGAUUUUACCAUACAAAAUUUAACUCCUUCAGAUGAUUUGAGUGAUUACGAUGCCAAGAGCGUCAAUACGACGUUUUUAAUAGAUAGCAGCCAAAAUGAUUUGACCAUAAGACCAAGUAAGUGUGGAUGGCUGCAUAUGAAGACAUCUGUAGGAAAACCUGAAAGAACAAUCUGGGUCCGUAGAUGGUGUUUUAUUGAGAAUGGUAUUUUCGGUAUGUUUGCCCUAUCACCUUCCAAAAUUUUUGUUGAAGAAACUGACAAAUUCGGUGUGUGUUUAACAGAUGUUAGGUAUAACCCAGAAGAAGAUAGACGAUUUUGUUUUGAAGUCAAAAUUUUCACAGGUGAUCAUGAUGUUCAUAACUCUAAUAAAAACUAUUUUUCAGUGAUUUUACAAGCUGAUAGUUUGAAAGAACUAAAAGCAUGGUUGAGCACCUUUGUGUUGUCCAAAAAAUACGUCCGGAAUUUAGACAAAAAACUUUUAGAGCACGAACUCUCUUUUAAAAGAUUCUCUCCCAAAUUUAUUGAGUUUGCCUCAAGCACAACAACUAAAGUUGAUCAAUUGAUCACUACUUUUGAUCACGAAACCAAAUCUUUAUUAGACGACCUGAAAUGCUCAUUCUCUGAAUAUGAGAUUCUUUCUGUUGAUGAAGACAAAAUAUAUGAGUUUCGCUUGGAUACAACACCAAUAUCGACAAAAAUGACGCAGCUAGCUAUAUUAUCAAAUUAUUUUACGAAAGGUAGUUGGUAUCCAAAUGCAAUUCUAGCUAACGUGUGGGGUGUCACUAAUUGGAGUGAUUACUCCCUAUUCAAAGGCCAAUCACAUGCUCUGAUGGCAGGAAGUAAAAAAAUAUCUUCAGCAAAAUCAGUGAAGUAUCCUAGCUUUUUCCCAAAGGAACUGAGGAUUACUGACUUACAAUUUAAGAAUUUAUUUUUCACCCCUGACCAGAAACUAGUGAAACACCAUGAAGAAGUUGCGCUAUUUAAAUUUAACUCCUUCUGGUUCCCUAAUAGUACUCAAAGGUUCUCAACCACAUGUUAUGCCACUAUGGAGAAUUUAUACUGUUAUAUGAAUAAUAUGGGAUUUAUUUGUUUAUAUGGUGUUAAUUUAUUAGACAUAUCAUCAGUUGAAUUAGAUAAAGGUUCAACAAAUCGACUAAUAAUCUACGAUAUCAAUGAUGUGAAGUUGACGGUCGCAGUCUUAUUUGCUGACCGGAGAGCAGUUUUGUCAAAGCUAAGGAUUCUUAUUGAAAAUAAGGCAUCUAAGGCAUCUAAAAGCCUGGAAGAAAUAUUAGGUAGUUUUCGUGAUAUUGAUAGUGAAUUAAACGAAAGAAGAGAAGCUGACAUUAUUCUCAAGGAGCAAAAUAUCUCCCUUCACAAAGACAAGGAAAUUGCAGUACAUGGUAUUCAGGCUACCGAUAAAGAAAACAAUUCAAGUGGUGCACAAGAUGAUAUGAGUUUAGGGAAAAACUUGGAAGACAUCGGAACUGAUGGGAAAAACAAUGAUAUCAGCACUUUACUUAAUAGUACCACAUUUUGGAAGAUGAGUAAUACUGCAGAUAAACUAUUAUCUAGGAAAAAGGAAUUGCAAAAGGAAUAUAAUGUGACAUAUCAUCAUAACUACGAUAUUUCAAGUAAAGGGUUGGUACAUAUUCUCUUUGGUGAUCAGUCUGAAGCAUUCCCAAGAUGCUUAUUUUUAGCAAGUCCGACAUCCACGAAUAAAUCUAAUACAUACUGGACUAAAGGAGAAGAUUUAGAACAGGUUGUAUUGACACGUUCAGUUAAUUUCCAACUGGAUACAACACAAAAUAUUUUCAGAGAUCAAUUCAAAGUCUAUGAUCGCCCUGGUCAUACAAUCUCAAUCAAACAACAAAUUACAAAAGUUAUUGACAAUAAAUAUUAUGAAAUUGACCAGGAACCAUUUUUCAUCAAGUUACCUUUUUGUCAUCCUUUAAGGGCAAGUAUGAAGUAUAUUAUUACUGAAACAUAUAAUCCCGAGGAUCAUGUCGCAACUAAACUACGGAUGUCCACUGACUCAUCAAUGUUAUACGUCCUUUAUAAAUUGGAAUUUUUUGAUCAAAACAACGAUAAAGUGAUCAAGGAUUUAAGCUUGUGUGAAAGAACAGAAUUGAGUUGGGCUUUAUAUUUCACCAAAAUUGAAUUUACGUUGAUGAAAGAAGUAAUUAGAUACUACUUAGAGAAAAUUGGGUCCCAUGGGAAGUUAAUUAAGGCAAUCAAACUUUGUGGAUUAAUUGGAGUUAAGCCAGGUUCAGAGGAAAAGGACGACGAAUCUAGUAAAACCAAAGAUGAAGAACUUAAGGAAAUUCUGAAAGAAGGUACGAACAAGGUCAAUUAUACUGCCAGGAUAUUAUUAAAGAUAGUUAUCAAAUUGUUUAUUUACCGUGUUGCAAAUAUCCUACUUGUAGUAUCCAGAUUUAUAUUUGGGAUAUUAAUAAUUACAGCUAAGAGAGCUCGAGAAAUAAACCGCCUGCUGUUACUCUCCCUCCUUUUCUCCAUAUUACUUAAUAUAUUUCUGACAGGACGGUCUACCGUUUCAUAUUGGUCUGUAAAAAGGGCUGAGAACACUUUCAGAAGCUAUGCUACAGAGAAUAGAGAUAUGGGCAAGAGUCGCUCGAUAACAAUGGAUGAUCUAGAUAUUUUAACGAACGAUCUUGCUUUAGAAGAGUCAAAUUUGGCAUUUAAAAAGUUUAAUGAAGAUGAAUCGUCGAAGGAUGCUCGUUUCAGAGAAACCAGAAACGAAUUGGCAGUCAGAAGAAAUGAAUUACUUGUAGAGUUGAAGAUCUUACAGAACAUGGAGAGGGAACUUGUUCAAGGUACGUACAGAAAGUUUCUGCUCAUGGAGGCGGGAAAGUGUGUGAGAGCAGAAAACGAGUUCAGUGAUAUUUACAAAAAUGAUACCCAGUUACAAGAAUACUGUACAAGCUGUGUUGACGAAUUAGAUAGAUUACAAUCUCUGUUAUUCUAG